AUGGAUGACUACACUACUCACCUUGAACAGGUUUUACAUGUGCUUCGUCUUAAUUGUUUUUACAUUAAGCUUUCUAAGUGCUCGUUUGGGGUAGAUACCAUUGAUUAUCUGGGUCAUAUCAUCUCUGCGGGAGAGCUCUGGGUAGACCCUACCAAACUGGAGGCGAUGACAGCUUGGCCUACACCAACGACAGUUAAGCAAUUGCGGGGUUUCUUGGGCUUGACUGGUUACUAUAGACGGUUUGUCAAAGAUUAUUCUCUGAUUGCUUCUCCCCUAACAGAUUUACUGAAAAAGGAAGGUUUUUCGUGGUCUACGACGGCUGAGGCUAGUUUUUCGACUCUUAAGAAGGCAAUGACCGAGGCUCCAGUGUUACAUCUGCUGGACUUUGAUCUUCCGUUUACAAUAGAAGCUGAUGCCUCUGAAUUUGGGAUUGCGUCGGCUCAUAUCUCUGCUGCAUAUGGGUUUCUUUACUUCAAGCACAUGCUUUACAUCAGUAGAGACUCUUCAGUUCGCCUGGAUAUUUUGCGGGAGCUUCACGAUGCCAAGAUGGCAGGCCACCCUGGCGAGAAGCGUACUUUUGCACGAGUUGCUGCCUCAUUCUAUUGGCCAGGAAUGCGGUCUGAUAUUCAUUGA